CUUUUUUCUUUCUCUUCUUUUCGCUAAACUACCCCGCAAAGAUUUAAAAACAAAAAUCUGAUUUGCUCACCUUUCCUUCCUAGCUUUCCCAUUUCCCAACUGAAAACAAAUCUUUAAACGACCCCCGCCCCUCCGACGGCAGGAGCACCUGCAGAGCCUCGUAGCCCCCGACCUCCCAGCCCGACCGCCCUCCCUCUCAGCGCGCGGGUUCCGGGCCCGGCGAGAGGGCGAGAGCGCAGCCGGGGCCAUGGAGGUGACGGCGGACCAGCCGCGCUGGGUGAGCCACCACCACCCCGCGGUCCUCAACGGGCAGCAUCCGGACACGCACCACCCAGGCCUCGGCCACUCCUACAUGGACCCGGCGCAGUACCCCCUGCCGGAGGAGGUGGAUGUACUUUUUAACAUCGACGGUCAAGGCAACCACGUCCCGUCCUACUACGGAAACUCGGUGAGGGCCACCGUGCAGAGGUACCCUCCGACCCACCACGGGAGCCAGGUGUGCCGGCCGCCUCUGCUGCACGGAUCCCUGCCCUGGCUGGACGGCGGCAAGGCGCUGGGCAGCCACCACACCGCUUCACCCUGGAACCUCAGCCCCUUCUCCAAGACGUCCAUCCACCACGGCUCCCCGGGGCCCCUGUCGGUCUACCCCCCAGCCUCGUCCUCGUCCCUGUCGGCGGGCCACUCCAGCCCGCACCUCUUCACCUUUCCACCCACCCCGCCGAAGGACGUCUCCCCGGACCCGUCCCUGUCCACCCCGGGCUCAGCCGGCUCGGGCCGCCAGGACGAGAAGGAGUGCAUCAAGUACCAGGUGCCUCUGCCUGACAGCAUGAAGCUCGAGUCGGCGCAUCCCCGCAGCAGCAUGACCACCCUGGGAGGGGCGGCGGCCUCAGCCCACCACCCCAUCACCACCUACCCGCCCUACGUUCCCGAGUACAGCUCCGGACUCUUCCCGCCCAGCAGCCUGCUCGGGGGCUCCCCCACCGGCUUCGGAUGCAAGUCGAGGCCCAAGGCCAGAUCCAGCACAGAAGGCAGGGAGUGUGUGAACUGUGGGGCAACGUCCACCCCGCUGUGGCGUCGAGAUGGAACAGGGCAUUACCUGUGCAACGCCUGUGGGCUCUACCACAAGAUGAACGGACAGAACCGGCCCCUCAUCAAACCCAAGCGAAGGCUGUCAGCAGCAAGAAGGGCAGGUACGUCCUGUGCAAACUGUCAAACCACAACCACGACUCUCUGGAGAAGAAAUGCCAAUGGAGACCCUGUCUGCAAUGCCUGCGGGCUGUACUACAAGCUGCACAAUAUUAACAGACCCCUGACUAUGAAGAAGGAAGGCAUCCAGACCAGAAACCGAAAAAUGUCUAGCAAAUCCAAAAAGUGCAAAAAGGUGCACGACACGCUGGAGGACUUCCCCAAGAGCAGCUCGUUCAACCCCGCCGCCCUCUCCAGACACAUGUCUUCCCUCAGUCACAUCUCACCCUUCAGCCACUCCAGCCACAUGCUGACCACGCCCACGCCGAUGCACCCGCCCUCCAGCCUCUCCUUCGGACCUCACCACCCUUCCAGUAUGGUCACCGCCAUGGGUUAGGGUCCCUGCUCGAUGCUCAAAGAUCUCCAGGCGAGAGUCCCUCCAGCCCCUUCUACGUGCAUUUUCGCAGGAGCAGAAUCAUGAAACCGAAACCCGAUGGAUCUAUAUGUUUUUGCAGGCAGAAAGCAACACGAUGUUUGCCACUUGGACAGAGGAGCCCGCUGUGGUGUCUGUGUUCUCACUCCCUGAAUCUGGAUACCAUUUGUGAAUAAGCCAUUCAGACUCAUAUUCCCUAUUGAACAGGGUCUCUCUAGUGCUGUGAAAAAAAAAAAAUCGCUAAACAUUGCAUAUAACUUAUAUUGUAAGAAAUACUGUACAUUGGAAGAAGAAGACUUUAUUGCCUCUGUCAGGAAGGCACGAAGGACGCCAUGCAUUUUAAGGACGAUGGAAGAAAAUAAAGUGUGGAAAUUAAGAAGAAACUAGUUCUGAUAUCCAAAUGGACAAACUACCAGUUUUGUUUCCUUUUCCUGGUCACAGUUUGAUGCAUUAAAAGAAAAAAAAAAAAAAAGGAAAAAAAAAAAGAAAAAUGUUGUAGGCGAAUCAUUCGUUCAAAGCUGUGGGCCUCUGCGUAGGAAAUUCUAUCACUCCGGGCAACGCGUUACACUCCCAGAUUGCCAUGGAGGGUUCAGUUAGACUUUCCUAGGCCUCCAUGCUUUGUGAACAAGUCCCUGUAAUUGUCGUUUGUAUGUAUAAUUCAAAGCACCAAAGUAAGAGAAGUUGUAGAUUUAUUUCAUCAUAUUAUACAGACUGAAUGGUUGUACAAAUUUAUUUCCUGCUAGUGUUAAGAACUGCUUUUUUUGUGUGUGUGUGUUUCCGUUUUAAUAUUUUCCUUCUCUCUCAAUUUUUGGUUGAAUAAACUAGAUGACGUUCAGUUGACCUAA